GGUUAGCUAGCAGUAGUUAUUUACACUGGAACACAUGAGCGUGUCACUGGUGGUGAUCCGUCUGGAACUAGCGGACCAGUCUCUUCAACCAGAAGCAUUUCAUUACAGUGCAGAUGAGAUGUCUGAAGAGGAGACACGAGAAAAAGCCUUGGCCUCAGCCAAAACAGCACUGGGGGGCAUGUCUGAAUUGGAAAAGUCUGCCAUUCUCCAUCAGCAUAUUGGCAGCCGGGCCAUGUCAGACAUGGUAAUUGAGACCCUUGUGCCGAGCCCAGAACAGAAAAGCAGCAGUAGUGAUAAGGAAGAUAAGGAAGAAGCUGAUGCAGUCACAGUAGCCGAUACGCCCUCCAAACCGCUUCCGGAUCAAAUCUCCUUCUUCAGUGGCAACCCAUCCGUGGAGAUCAUCCAUGGCAUCAUGCACCUUUACAAAACAAACAAAAUGACGUCGCUGACUGAGGACGUGCGACGCAGCGCCAUGCUGUGUGUGCUCAGUGUUCCGACCACAAUGACGAGCCAUGACCUGAUGAAGUUUGUGGCACCUUACAAUGAUGUCAUGGAGCAUAUGAAGAUCAUUCGGGACUCCACGCCCAACCAGUACAUGGUACUCAUCAAGUUCGGCACUCAGGCUGAUGCUGACAGCUUUUAUACAACCUGCAAUGGCCGGCAGUUCAAUUCCAUUGAAGAUGCUGUGUGUCAGCUGGUAUACGUAGAGAGAGCUGAAGUAAUCAAGUCAGAAGAGGGGGCAAGCUUACCAGUAAUGGACCUGACUGAGCUGCCCAAGUGCACGGUGUGUCUGGAGCGUAUGGAUGAGUCGGUAAACGGUGUUCUGACCACCCUGUGCAACCACAGUUUCCACAGCCAGUGCCUGCAGCGCUGGGAGGAUGCCUCGUGCCCCGUGUGUAGAUACUGUCAGACCCCUGAGCCUGUGGAGGAGAAUAAAUGCUUCGAAUGUGGUGUGCAAGAGAAUCUGUGGAUCUGCCUGAUUUGUGGCCACAUCGGCUGUGGUCGUUAUGUCAGCCGCCACGCUUACAAGCACUUUGAGGAGACACAGCACACCUAUGCCAUGCAGCUUACCAACCAACGCGUCUGGGACUAUGCAGGGGAUAACUAUGUGCAUCGGCUGGUGGCCUGCAAGACGGAUGGCAAAAUGGUGCAGUAUGAGUGCGAGGGUGACACCUGUCAGGAGGAGAAGAUUGAUGCUCUACAACUUGAGUACUCCUAUUUGCUGACCAGUCAACUGGAAUCACAACGCAUCUACUGGGAAAAUAAAAUAGUCCACCUUGAAAAAGAAACAGCAGAAGAGAUCAAUAAUAUGAAAGCCAAAUUCAAGGAGACCAUCGAGAAGUGUGACAACUUGGAGCUCAAACUGAACGAGUUAACCAAAGAGAAACAAUCCAUGGAGAAAAAAUGUACGCAACUGAACAACAAGGUGACCAAACUUGGGCAGGAGCUGAGAGAGGAGCAGGAGAUGAACCGGUGCCUGAGAGCCAAUCAGGUGCAGCUCCAGACCAGCCUGCAGGAGGAGGAGAGGCGUGGCCACGAGGCCGCAGCAGGCAAGGAGGUGCAGAUCGCCGAGCUCCAGGAGCAGCUGCGUGAUGUCAUGUUCUACCUGGAGACGCAGCAGCAGAUCAGCCGCAUGCCUGCCGAGACCCGCCAGGAAAUCCAGGAGGGACAGAUCAACAUCGCCUCGACACCUACGGCACCAGCGCCAGGUCCCUCUGCCCACGGCUCUGGCAAGUCGGGCAACAGAAAGGGUCGGGCCAAGAGAGGGAAGUAGGCUGUCAGUGAACCGGGCUGGGACAUAUCCAUAUUGGGCUUUGAAAAGCUUCAGCAUGAGACUUCUGCAGGCCGCAUAAGCUUUUUGGGUUCUAAGGGAUUUCGAUUCCAGUCCUGAAGGUCUAAUGCACUGCAAAGUUUCAAGUUUAGGUUUGAUCCAACCACAAUAGACUUAGUAAUAAUCAAAACUGAUCCAAGUUUGACCUGGUGUAUUUGGGAGCGGGGGUUGAAAGCUUUGCAUGGCAGUGGGCAUUCAGGACUGGAGUUAGGAGGCCCUGCUACUUGUGGUUUGUAUUGUUGAGAAAGGCGCAUGGUAUAAAAGGUUUAAUGAAAGCACAUGAACCCUUUACACGAGGGGAACGUUAUUGUCCCAAUUGCCCUGUGCUUUCUGACCACAUUUGCUAGUUGCACAACACUUUCGCUGGCCACAGAGGCUAGCACACGCAUCAACGGAUAUUUUUGCGUAUGACAAAUUAUGCUAUUUGUGUUCCCCCGUUGCUUGUGCCAAUGCCUUAAACAGACAGUAGGAGUCACUGUUGCACAGCCAUCCUUCCCUUAGACACGGGUUGUCUGUUAAUAACCCUGGUAAUUAAUAAAUGUUGUAAAUUAUUCUAUUUGUGCAUUUUUUCCCUUUACUCAUAUCCAAUGACCCUGCUUAUACACCAAUUAGGCAUAACAUUAUGACCACCUCCUUGUUUCUACACUCACUGUCCAUCUGUUCAUCUUUCAUUCUGUUCUUCAAUGGUCAGGACCCC